GACCCAACUACAAACAGAGCAGAUAAAUAUUUCAAUUUAGAAAGGGAUGCAGCAACACUCCUGGAUCUGAUUGAGAAUUGGAAUCUCUCAGAAAUUGAAGACAUAAGUGAUGAUGAUGAUACAGACAUCAUCCUACCCGAUGUGACAAGCGCUGCUGAGAGGGUCGGUGCUGAAGUUAUUCGACAUAACCAAGAACAACAACUUGAAGAAGAUAUGUUUUUGGAAGGAGAAACACCUAUCAACAAUGAUCACUUCACAACUCCAAGAGAGAGGGUGAAAUGGUGAAAUACUAAGGGCAAACCAAUGCCAUGGGAAGUCAAACUAUUUGUACUUUGUGGGAAGUCGGGUCAAGCCUUUGAUUUUAUAAUUUAUCAAGGGUCUAGGACAGGUCUCAAUGAGGAUAAUUUGAAAAAAUAUGGGUUUGGUGCCUCUGUAGUUUUGCAUCUUUCAAAUAGGAUAACUGAACCUGGCCAUAAGUUAUUUUAUGAUAACUACUUUUCCUCUUUCCAUUUGCUCCAACUGUUGAAAGCAAGGAAAUUUUAUGCUGCUGGAACUGUUAGAGUUAAUAGGUUUUGCAAUCCACCCCUCUAUAAUCACAAAGAAAUGAAAAAAAAAGAAAGAGGUGCAAUUGAUGAGGUUGUCACAAUUGAGGAGGAUAUAGUCAUGCUGAAAUGGCUUGAUAAUCGCUGUGUUACCCUAGCAUCAAACUUUGUAGGUUCAAGCACCAUUGAUGAGUGUAAGAGGUGGGAUAGCUCCAAGAAAAUCUAUGUCCAAGUUCCUCGACCAGAGAUAGUAAAAUUGUAUAAUAAUGGGAUGGGAGGGGUUGAUCUCUCAGAUAUCUUUGGGGUUGAUCAAUUGAUAUCUUUGUAUAGGAUAUACAUACAUUCAAAAAAAUGGACAUUAUGCAUGAUAUUCCAUGCCGUAGAUUUUGCUUUGUCAAAUUCAUGGAUAGAAUAUAAAAAAGACUGUGAGCAGCUUGAAAUACCCAAAAAAAAGGUUCUUGAUCUGAUGCAUUUGAGAAUGCGUGUAGCUGAAUCCCUGGUCAAAGCUGGAAACCCAGCACCAAGAUCAAAACGUGGCAGGCCAAGUUCUGAUCCACCACCAUUUGAAUCGACCAGAAAACCAAGACAAAAUGAGGAAGUACGACCCAUUGUUGAGGUUCAGAAAGACUUGGUGGACCACAUGCCAUUUUUAGAUAAUGAAGUAGCUGGGAAACGUUGCAAGAAUGGUAUUUGUCAAAAGAGAACCCAUUUCUAUUGUGACAAAUGCAAUGUUCAUUUAUGCAUAAAGAAAGAACAAUUUGAUUAUAUACUUUUAUAUUAUCAUGGUUAGGUAUAUCUGUCCUAUCAUGUUCACUUGACAAAAAUUUUGGCCUAAUAUUUCCACCCAAUAAAUUUCAAAUGGUAAAUUUUUCUUUUUCAUAAUAUUAUUGUCAUUCUGUUGAUAUUUCAAUUCU